UUCCACGAUCCAGGGAGUCCGCUCCUUUCUCGCGCGAGAACCGAUAGAAUUUCGCGAUUCCGCGUGGUCCGUUAACGGAUUAACUUAUAAUCGGGAGGCGGAAUGCGGGGCCAAUUACCGAUUCCUUUGGAGGCGCGGGCGCGGUAUCGGCUCGCUCUCCGUCAAAGUAUCGGGAGCGCGCGUAUCUAUGGGGAAUCGGUGGAGUCGGGGCAUUCGAUCGAAUCGAACGGUGCACUCGAAGCGUUUCCACGCCGCGAGGCAAUUAUCCUUUUCGAACGUUUAAGCGAAAACCAGUCGCGAAUACUAAUGCCGCGCGGCACGAAAUCUCGGAGGACAUCGCGAGGAAGAAAACGCGAGAGGAAACGCGGCGAUGGAAAGGGUGGAACUGUGGGGAGAGGGGGAAAGCGAGGGAGAAAGAAAAGGGAAGGAACGGUGGCGGUGUGCGGUGGCUGUUGGGUCUGCGCGCGAGGCUGGGAAGAAGAAGGGGGUUAUACGCGUUAAGCUCGGUUCGCCGUGGUUCCCAUGGAUUCCAGCCGGGUAUCUUCGGCGCGGAUCGACACGCGGACGGAUGAACGGACGGACGGACGGACGGAACGAGAGGCAACCUGCCACCGCCCGCGUAUCUUCCGAUGCAUCGCCUCACCUUUCAAAGGACCUCGACCCGAGAUCCUCGAGCCUGGAUCGCGAACGAAUCGGAAAGGAUUCGAUAUUCGUGCAAAGAUGGAGCGAGCGUUCGUGGCGGAGAGAAGAUAGAGGAGCAUGGAGGGCUGGGAAUGUUGGAGGCGAAGAGGAGCAAGCAGCGCGACCUGCUUAAUGAGCAAUUCCGUGGACGAUUGGGUAAGCGGCAAUGCCGUGGUCUGCAAAGGUAUUCCAGGGAUGACGAAGGAACAGCGCGAGCUAUGCCACAGAAAUCCGGACGUGACGGUGGCCGCGAUCAAAGGUCUGCAAAUGGCGAUAUCCGAGUGUCAGCAUCAAUUCAUGUGGCACAGGUGGAAUUGUUCAUCCUUGACGCCUAGCAGCAGGACGCAGCAGAGCAGCGUCCUCCUUCAGAGAGGUUACAGGGAGACUGCGUUCGCGUUCGCGAUUUCCGCAGCCGGGGUGGCGCACAGCGUGGCCCGGGCGUGCAGCAUGGGACGGUUGCUCUCCUGCGGAUGCGACCCGUCGAGUUACAAGGGUAAGCCGCCUGCCAAGGCCAGGGGCACGCAAUGGAAGUGGGGCGGGUGCUCGCACAAUCUCGACUACGGCAUGGAGUUCUCGAGACAGUUCCUAGAUACGCGCGAGAGGGCCGGGGAUAUACAGUCGACGGUCAAUCUUCACAACAAUCAAGCUGGCCGCUUGGCGGUGGCGAGCAAUAUGCAAGUGCGAUGCAAGUGCCACGGUAUGUCGGGUUCCUGCGAGCUCAAGACUUGCUGGAAAGUGGCGCCGGAUUUCCGAAUAGUCGGGAAAACGCUAAAGGAUCGAUUUCGUAACGCUGUGCUGGUGGCGCAAAGCAAUCUGGGCAGCGUGACCCCGUUGACCAGAGUGAGAGGAUCUCGGAGGAGGAGGCCGGAUCGGCAGAGGCAGAGGAAACAUCGCGGUGGAUCGGGCGGGAACGGGCGUAAGAGGAGGCCUCGGGAUCUCGCCAAGCAACUAUUCUAUUACCAAAAAUCGCCAAAUUUUUGCGAGAGAGAUCCGAGCGCGGACAUCCCUGGAACGGCGGGGCGUAGAUGCAACAAGACAAGCUCGGGUGGGGACGGGUGCGGCAACCUGUGUUGCGGAAGAGGUUACAACGUGGUGAGACAACGACGGGUCGAGAGGUGCAAAUGCAAGUUUCAUUGGUGUUGCAUCGUCCAAUGUCAGAACUGCACUGUGGAAGAGUGGAUCACUGUUUGCAAGUGAAAGGGAAUGCCGGAAGGAUAUUGGGGGGGGGGAAGGGAAGGGAAGGAUCUUUUAUUUUCGCGUGUAUCGAUGAAUCGAAACGAACGCGAUAAAUGACGAAUUGAUCCCAGCGAACAUGAGCAGAAUCGCGUGUAAAUAACAAUUGAUACACGGAUUAAAUCGGAUCAAGGUACGAACGGUAUUUCCGAGUUCAAUCUGAUUACCACUUCGAGUCGUCGUUAUCGAAGUCUCAUCGUCAAGAAUCGUUACAUUAGUAAUCAAUAGUAAAAGGAUGGUUGGAUGGAUGGAUGGAUGGAUGGAUGGAUGGAUGGUUGGAUGGAUGGAUGGAUAUAACGAGUAUCGAAGGGAACGAAUCGAAAUCGAAACGGAUUGACGCUUAACGCGAAUGAGUCAGAGAUCUGUUAAGACGGAAACGUAGCGAGUCGAACGUAUUGGAAGCGUGAGUCAAACGGCACUCGCGAAAACGGCCUCGAUACGAAGAUUAGCCGUGAGAGAUCGAGUCGACACCGAUUCGGUCAUCGUAUUUCUAUUCACGCUUAGCACGCAUUAUCGGGACACGUAACGCUCGUGUAACACUAGCGAUCGCGCGCACGAGCAUGUAACACGGCUGAAAAAGACAAUGUAAUUGUUCUUAAAUCGCGCGACUAAUUGUAACUAAUUUAAUUGGUAGAUUAAGCGGGCCAAUAAUUUAUUUAUAACGUUGCCUCUAUUUAAUUAGUAGAUAUAUAAUUUGAAUAUUCACAGCAAGUGUAACACCUCCGUCACAGUAUUAUUAGAGGAAGCAAUGUGCGUGUGUAUAGAGAUAUUUCGGGAUGGAUGCGAUUGUAUACAAUUUAAUAAUGCGCGUACAAUAAAGAGUUCCUUUGAUCGAUUAUAAUCGCAAACC